CUGAACUUUAUAUAAAUCGAACAAGCGUGAACUGUGUAUGCAGCUCAAGCUGUGUUCAUAUCCGUGCUUUAAAUCAGCUGCACCACGUUAAAUGGUUCUGGUACUCGCGGUUCUAACUCGGGGUGACGCUCCCGUGAGUAACGUCAGCUCCUGCGGGAACCGGACUGCGGCUGCAGCCUCCAGCAACCUCCACACAGCUUUCAAGGAAAGAUGGCGACCCGAGUCCUUCAAAGAGUGGGCAGAGGCCUCAAACAGACGAGAAACGGGCUUCAUGCGAGGAGCCCCGUUAACGUGGCUCUCAGGAGCCUCUCAAAUGUCGGUGAUGAAAGCUGGUUCAAAUCCCUUUUUGUUAGAAAGGUCAUCCCCAGAAAAGAUGCUCACUCUCAUCUGCUUGCCAAAAAAGAAGACAACAAUCUGUACAAAAUACAGUUUCACAAUGUUAAGCCUGAGUGCCUUGAUGCUUACAAUGAACUUUGUGAGGACGUCUUGCCUUCCAUUCACGCUGACCCUGAAUACCCCUGUGAGCUUGUAGGCACCUGGAACACAUGGUAUGGAGAGCAGGAUCAGGCAGUUCACCUGUGGAGAUAUCGGGGAGGAUACCCGGCUCUCACCGAAGUCAUGAACAAACUCAGGCAGAAUAAGAAAUUUAUGGACUACAGGAACGAGAGGGGGAAGAUGCUGCUGUCUCGUAGGAACCAGCUGCUGCUGGAGUUCAGUUUCUGGAACGAACCGGUCCCUCGUCCAGGACCCAACAUCUAUGAGCUCCGAUCAUAUCAACUCAGGCCAGGGACGAUGAUCGAGUGAAAUUACUGGGCUCGGGCUAUCGAGAUUCGCCAGCAGAACCAUGAGGCAGUGGGAGGCUUUUUCUCACAGAUUGGAAGUCUGUACACAGUUCACCACUUAUGGGCUUACAAAGAUCUGCAGUCCAGAGAAAACACCAGAAAUGCAGCCUGGCAGCGUGAAGGCUGGGACGAGGUGGUUUAUUACACAGUCCCUCUUAUUCAGCACAUGGAGUCUAGAAUAAUGAUUCCCAUGAAGACUUCGCCCUUGAAGUAACCACGAACACCUGGGGGAAAUUCUCCACAGCCACUGCAACUAUUAGACGGAUCUGUAGAGUGUAACCAACCAUCAGAGUGUGCACUGCCAGGGACAUCGGCUUAACAUCGACACGACUUUGUUUUUUUUCAUUUUCUUUUUUCUGUUUGGAGGAUGAGGUCAAAGCGAUUGCCACCAAAACCGUAUCUGUUAGUUGGCUGUGUUACUGACAUUAAUGUGGUGUGUUUAUGAUUGGGACACACUCCUCUUCACUUUCUGUCAUUUAAAGAGUGUUGUUUGAAAUGUCUUGUCUAUUUUUUUUUCCCUUUCUAUCAGUGUUUUGAAUGCUGGUUACAAGGGCCUGAAAAAUGUUGUAGGAGAAAAUUUACCGUGAUUUAUAAGUCCUGAAUAAAAAAACUGUCACAGCAGAAAAU